UAUCCGCCCCUUCUCUUCCCCCUUCGCCUGCGAGGCCUGGGCCCCAAACUGCCCGGGCUCUCCUCGUCUCACCGAGGAACGGCCCGGCGCGUGUCCCCGGCUAGCCGGCUCUGCAUUUAGGCGGCAGGGCACCGUGUGCGGAGGCAGAGUCAGUGGCAGGGGCCCACUCUCCGGAAGAGGAAGCUGAGACUCAGAUUCCGAGUCAGCCAACGUUCACUGGGAAGCUCCUGAGCCUGGGUGCUGGGCUGUGGACUUCCACGUCCGUUACCUUAAUUGAACUUCGCUGGGGUUGGGAGACCGGGCAUUGUCCGGGCUUACAGAUGAGGAAACGGAAGCCCAGAGAGGCGAAGGAAUUUGCCUAAGGUCCUUCUGUGGCAGAUCGGAUUCAGACUUAGAUUUUCUGAUUUCCCAGCUGGUCUUCUUUCAUCUGUACUGCCUGACUCUAGGAUUGCAUGGUGAUAAAAGGAAAGACUCCCGUGAGAAGAGAGCAGAAUGAGCAGAGAGAUCUGUGCUUGAAGUUGGGUCCUUUGAAAAAGAUCUCUUUGAAUGUGGAAGAGAUCUGGGCAGAUGAAAAUACAAUCAGGAAAAUGCAACAUGGCAGCAGCAAUGGAAACAGAACAGCUGGGUGUUGAGAUAUUUGAAACCGCAGAGUGUGAGGAGAAUAUUGAAUCACAAGAUCAGCCUAAAUUGGAGCCGUUUUAUGUUGAGCGAUAUUCGUGGAGUCAGCUUAAAAAGCUGCUUGCUGAUACCAGGAAAUAUCAUGGCUACAUGAUGGCAAAGGCACCGCAUGACUUUAUGUUUGUGAAGAGAAAUGAGCCAGAUGGACCUCAUUCGGAUAGGAUCUAUUACCUCGCCAUGUCUGGUGAAAAUAGGGAAAAUACACUGUUUUAUUCUGAAAUUCCCAAAACCAUCAACAGAGCAGCAGUCUUAAUGCUCUCCUGGAAGCCUCUUUUGGAUCUUUUUCAGGCAACACUGGACUAUGGGAUGUAUUCUCGAGAAGAAGAGCUAUUAAGAGAAAGAAAACGCAUUGGAACAGUUGGAAUUGCUUCUUAUGAUUAUCACCAAGGAAGCGGAACAUUUCUGUUUCAAGCCGGUAGUGGAAUUUAUCAUGUAAAAGAUGGAGGGCCACAAGGAUUUACCCAACAACCCUUACGACCGAACUUAGUGGAGACUAGUUGUCCCAACAUACGGAUGGACCCAAAAUUAUGCCCUGCUGAUCCAGACUGGAUUGCAUUUAUACAUAGCAAUGACAUCUGGAUAUCCAACAUCGUAACCAGAGAGGAGAGGAGGCUCACCUACGUGCAUAAUGAGCUAGCCAACAUGGAAGAGGAUCCCAGAUCGGCUGGAGUUGCUACUUUUGUUCUUCAAGAAGAAUUUGAUAGAUAUUCUGGCUAUUGGUGGUGUCCAGAAGCUGAAUUAGCUCCCAGUGGUGGCAAAAUUCUUAGAAUUCUGUAUGAAGAAAAUGAUGAAUCUGAGGUGGAAAUUAUUCAUGUUACAUCCCCUAUGUUGGAAACGAGGAGGGCAGAUUCAUUCCGCUACCCUAAAACAGGCACACCAAAUCCAAAAGUCACUUUUAAGAUGUCGGAAAUAAUGAUUGAUGCUGAAGGAAGGAUUUUAGAUGUCAUAGAUAAGGAACUAAUUCAGCCUUUUGAGAUUCUGUUCGAAGGAGUUGAAUAUAUUGCCAGAGCUGGAUGGACUCCAGAGGGAAAAUAUGCAUGGUCCAUCCUACUAGAUCGCUCACAGACCCGCCUCCAGAUAGUGUUGAUCUCACCUGAGCUGUUUGUCCCGGUAGAAGAUGAUGCCAUGGAAAGACAGGGCCUUGUCGAGUCUGUGCCUGACUCGGUGACACCGCUGAUUAUUUAUGAAGAAACAACAGACGUCUGGAUAAAUAUUCACGACAUCUUCCAUGUUUUUCCCCAAAGUCAUGAAGAUGAAAUCGAGUUUAUUUUUGCCUCUGAAUGCAAAACAGGUUUCCGUCAUUUAUAUAAAAUCACAUCCAUUUUAAAGGAGAGCAAAUAUAAGCGAUCCAGUGGAGGACUGCCUGCCCCAAGUGAUUUCAAGUGUCCUGUCAAAGAGGAAAUAGCAAUUACCAGUGGUGAAUGGGAAGUUCUUGGCCGGCAUGGAUCUAAUAUCCGAGUUGAUGAAGUCAGGAAGCUGGUAUAUUUUGAAGGCACCAAAGACUCCCCUUUAGAACAUCACCUGUACGUGGUCAGUUAUGUAAAUCCUGGAGAGGUGACAAGGCUGACCGACCGUGGCUACUCCCAUUCCUGCUACAUCAGCCGGCAUUGUGACUUCUUUAUAAGUAAGUAUAGUAACCAGAAGAAUCCACACUGUGUGUCCCUUUACAAGUUGUCAAGUACUGAAGAAGACCCAACUUGCAAAACAAAGGAAUUCUGGGCCACCAUUUUGGAUUCAGCAGGUCCUCUUCCUGACUACACCCCUCCAGAAAUCUUCUCUUUCGAAAGUACUACUGGAUUUACAUUGUAUGGGAUGCUCUACAAGCCUCAUGAUCUGCAGCCUGGAAAGAAAUACCCCACUGUUCUGUUUAUAUAUGGGGGUCCUCAGGUGCAGCUGGUGAAUAAUCGGUUUAAAGGAGUCAAGUAUUUCCGCUUGAACACCCUUGCCUCUCUGGGUUAUGUGGUUGUGGUGAUAGACAACAGGGGAUCCUGCCACCGAGGGCUGAAAUUUGAAGGCGCCUUUAAAUACAAAAUGGGUCAAAUAGAAAUUGACGAUCAAGUGGAAGGACUCCAAUAUCUAGCUUCUCAGUAUGACUUCAUCGACUUAGAUCGUGUGGGCAUCCAUGGCUGGUCCUAUGGAGGAUACCUCUCCCUGAUGGCAUUAAUGCAGAGGUCAGAUAUCUUCAGGGUCGCUAUUGCUGGGGCCCCAGUCACGCUGUGGAUCUUCUAUGAUACAGGAUACACGGAACGUUACAUGGGCCAUCCUGACCAGAAUGAGCAGGGCUAUUAUUUAGGAUCUGUGGCCAUGCAGGCAGAGAAGUUCCCUUCUGAGCCAAAUCGUUUGCUCCUCUUGCAUGGGUUCUUGGAUGAGAAUGUCCAUUUUGCACAUACCAGUAUAUUACUGAGUUUUUUAGUGAGGGCUGGAAAGCCAUAUGAUUUGCAGAUCUAUCCUCAGGAGAGACACAGCAUAAGAGUUCCUGAAUCCGGAGAACAUUACGAACUGCAUCUUUUGCACUACCUUCAGGAAAACCUUGGAUCACGUAUUGCUGCUCUGAAAGUGAUAUAAUUUUAACAUGGGCAGAGCUCUGUUAAACACUGGCUGCUUAACCAGACGAGGAGGUUAAUCAAUAGAGAACAGAGAAUUGAGCAUGACAUUUUGGUACCUGCCAUAUAACAUCUGCUUCUGAAAGGAAAUUUGGUGCCACACAGGUGUCUACAGCUUGUGGGUAGUAAUCUGAUACCUUCACCACACACAGGUAUUUCCGAGGGACCCAGCAGCACCAGGAGAGUUACUGAAAGAAAGAAGGCACUAGCACCACAUAUCCAUACUACCCUGUUUUCACUUUUAAAAGCAUUAUAAACCUAAUGGAUUUAAUUAGUGUAUUUUUACAGUAUAUUUCUCAGUUUGUUAAAAUAUGAUAUUAGUGAUUGGUUUGGUUCAAUUCCAGAAUCUCUGACUAGUUACAGAUUUGAUAGCACUUAAAUGUAAUGGAUGCUUAUGCUUCGUUGCCUGGGGUAUAUCCAGCAUGUUAUGAACUAAUCACUAUUAAACCUAUGACUUAACCAGUCAUUGAUGAUUUUCAAGGAUAACUUAGGGGCCUCCUAAAGACCUAUUUUGGUUCAUUGAAGCUCUGACCAGUUUUUAGCCAAUGUAAACUGUAUCUAAUAUAAACAGCUCUCAUUUUUCUUUGAUGAUAUGACAGUGGGUUUUUCCUUUUGCAUAAGGGCAGAUAACUGUAUAUGUAGCAUGGGUUUAAUUUGUCUUAUGAUAUUGAUAAUUACAGGCAGAGAAAUUUUAAUCACAUGAUUAGAGCUUAAGUACUUGCAGGCAAUUCCCCGCCCCCUCCCCGCUUAGGAAAAGGAAAAAGUACACACUCACUUUGUUCUUCAGAAAAUGUGGUGAUGUCCGUUUCCUGUAAAAUGUUGCAGAGUUUUAGGAAGGUGGAAGGGAUUCUUAGUAGGGUGGGAGAAAUGAUGGAGAGGAGGAGGCAAGGAUCUGCUUAGGAACUAAGCAGAAGCCUAGUUUAACGAAAGAUACUCGUGAAAAAGUUUUGGGUUUUUGAUAAUUAAGAAAUCACUCUCUUGCCAACACAGCUACAGACUGAUUUUAUUCAGGGGAGGAAAAGUUCCUUAGAGUUACUUUUAUCCAUUUUUUUCUUCUUAAUUUUGGAACAUACAAAUUUAAACUUUAUAAUUUUUAAAUUAUAUGAGCAUAAAGAGCUAUUUAGAUAUUAAAUAUUAGGAGCUUAAAAUAAAAGUUUCCAGAAGAUGUGUUUAAGCUGAUCCCUGGCAAGCCACGGCUCUCUUUUUCAGUAUUUAAAGCUUAUAGUUUCCCCGAAUGUCUACGACAUUUCCCGUGACAUUUAGCUCUAGCACUUGACUGUUAAGGAAGCUCGUUGGCUUUCAGUUGCUGAUUGAGAUCUGUCCCCUUGGAGUUUUGGGGCGCUACAUAGGUCAUAUUGGAGCCCGUGGCAAAGAAGGCAUCUGUGGGUUUGACUCUUCAAUCACAAGAGUUGAUGUUUGGAAAGUUGUUACCAGUACUUUUUAAACAACAGUCUAUGAAAAAUCACUAUUUUCUCUCACCACGAGAGAGAGAGUAGAUUUCCUCCAUAGAGAGCACAGCUCCAUUGGUAAGGAUGACUCUGGCAGAGGUGGAUUUCAUCCCUGAAGGCCAGGUGGCAGGUGGAAGAAGCCCAGAGAUGGCAGGGUGACCUGGUGGUUCUGCCCUUGGCGAGGGGAUUGGGUUUUACUGUUUGUGUAUUUAUACUGUAUCAUAGAUACCAUACUUCUUACUGUAUAUAUAUUAAUUUUCAUGUUUAUAUUUUUCCCCAUACCAAGAUUUGUUUCUAUUUUUUCAAUGUUAAAUUAAAUGGAUUUGGGUAACUUUUUUUCCCCAAGGAAGUAUUUUCCCCUGUGACUUAAGUAUGUAUCUGACUGUGGAGAGUGAUUUUUGCUUUUGGACUAGUUGGUCUCUGAGGAUUUGUUCUUAUAUCGUCUGCGAAGUAGCAAAUGUUACACAGUGGCCUUUAGACAGUGUUCAUUUGAAACCUCUUACCCAUCAAGACUGGCUAAAAUGGCAUCUCUUAUUUUCCAAAACAAACCUUAGAAACUUUCAUGUACUCUUGAAUCAUAGGUGUUUUCCUUUUGCAUCUUGCCUUCCCCUUUUCUUCUGUCAGCACUCCGUCCUGCAUCACAAGGAACGCUUCUGUUGUAAUUCCUGGUCAUUUAAAUGGCACUCUGCUUCUUUAGGGGAGACGAUACCUGACUGAAUUCACUUACAGAAAGACUUGCCUGAAUUAAUUUUAACGACAGAUGAGGGAAACAUUUCAUUCACUUCAAGCGAUCAGUAAAAAAAACUCACUAAAACUCCUUGUAAGCUGAUUAAAAUGCAGGAGUAUAAAAGUAGCAGUAGUUUUGGUGAGAGCCGAAAAGCACUAGGUUCACCAUCAAACAGGGUUUCUGCAGGCUUGAUAAAUAGGUGCACUUGAACAGCCAUCAACACAUACGACUACUUAAGCGUUGUACAACAGUGGAGCUCAGAAUCCAAGACUCAUCUGGGAUGCUUUACUGAAAGAAAUGGAGAUUCUUGACCCUCGUUGUUAAGAAUUUGGAUUCACUUGACUGGACCAGGAAUCUGCAUUUCUAACAAACUUUCCAGGUGCUUCUAAAUCAAGUCCUCUGUGGACUACUUUAAGAAACUCUUCUACAGAGAGUGGAGCUGGUGAUUUUUACACUGGACUGAUUGACAAGAGCCCAAACAGCAGUUAAGAAAGCUGCCCCUGUGUGUUAACUAGUGGCCCUUCUUACACUGAAAGGAGCAGGUGGUACAGUUAACUUUGUCUGGGGAUUUAUUUUCUCUCUGGGCCAUUCCUGGCUCUCCCAAAGCCUCACCCAAAUGGUAAGAAGAUGAAGUCACAAUCCAUGCAUUAACUUUUAAAAGAAGGAGACACAGAUACUGGUGCAAGCAUGCUUACUUUACUGCUGUGUUGUACUCCUUACGGAAGGUCUGUCCUACUUCUCUGCAGCCUUGUUCCCUCUUUAGGUGGAACGAUUCCUGUAACAUAGAUCUCAUUAUUAUAGAAGCAUAAUCCUUUCAAACUGGAAUAAAUGUUGGAUAGAGUCUAAACCAAUAGUAGAGGAGGAGCCUACAGAAGGGGUUCUGCCCCUGCCACACAGCCCCUUAGUGUUCACUUGGCACUAGACUCCAUCCAGGUAGCCUGACCCAUGGUAGUGAAAUGAUAGAUAAAAAAGGCAAAUUUUUAAAGAAGUAUUUAUUAAUAUAUUCAUAUAAAACAUUUUAAAGGUAACUACAUAAAAUGGUUAAUUAUUCCAUUCUAUAGUAAAUGCUAACCAUGCUUAUUAAUGCAGUAUUUCUUAUUAUUGUACGACAUUCUGAAGAUAAUUAAAAUGGCUACACUAACUGUCUUCCUUGGUAUCGUGGGGAGUGUGGGGAUUGGAAUAUAGAGUAGAAUGCUUGAGUAAGCCUGCGAGCCCAUCUUACAGGUAUUUGAAGUAAGAAAAGCGACAUGGCCAUAUAUUUGUAAGGUGGAUGUCCAUUCCCAGCAGACAGAAAGGAAUAAGGAAGCUUCUCCAACUCCCACUUCCCCGAUGCCACCUAGCCUCACUGAUACACCUUCCAGCCUAAAACAUGGAGAUGUGUUUGUGUAAGGGGCUGGCCCCUGCUGCCAGCAGAUAGCUCUAGGUAAUGAUUUCAGAAGUUCUUCACACAAAGAGCAAAAGUAGUUUUUUUGUUUUUUUUUAAAUAACCCAAAUACAAAUUAUUGUGAUAUUCAGCACAAUUGGAGUUCAGGUCUUUAAUUUUAGAACAUAAAGUGCCUGCUGUUUUAAGCAUUGACGUGUAUAAAAAGAAUUGCAUGUCUCACUCCCAUAAGCUUAUGGGUUUUCUCAUUUUCAGCUACAUGGCUUUUAAUCAUGUAAAGUGAAACAUUAGUUUUGUUGCAUUUUAUUACAGGUUCUUUGUUGCAAUAAAGAUGCUGCUAAAAUGAGUUGAAUUAAAUAUUCCUUCUCCACCACCACCACCAUCCCCCAUUUGAACAACCGUUGGGUGACUAACACAUAUGGAAAAGGUCAUGUGCUUGAAUGGAGCAGAAAGACUGCAGGGCGAAGGAUUAUAGGGGGUGUAAAGUAUAAACAUUAACAAAAAUGCAGUUAAACUCAGAGGAAGGUGUGCAGAGAACUGCUUUGUACAUGCAAAUGGGUCCCAACCACCAGCAGUGUUGCAAGGGCAGGUGGAGUUUGGAGCCAGUGAUGAACGCGUCCCCCCUCAGCAACUGGGGAUUUCUUACGGAUACAGAUGAACUCUUCUAAAGUGAGUAAAUCUGGGGUCCUCCAGAGCAGAGACUUCAUCUGGGUUCUAGAACUCUCUGAAAUUGUAUGCAGAAUAUUGCAUGAAUGAGGGGAGGUGCUUUUUUCUGGGGAGAAAGGCCUUGGCUUUAGCCAUUAUCAAAGGGAUAAUGAUCCUAAAAGGUUAAGAGUCACUACUGUUCUGAGGGUCUUUAGCUCUUCACUUGUGUACUAAAGUUAUUAUGAAUAAAGCAGACCUUUAAAGAAGAUAAUGUUGUAGACCAGUGCCGCUUAACCUUUUUUAACCUCAUGACAGACGUUUGCAUGACACUCUGGGACAAAUAGGCACACUGGGAUAACCAAUUGAGGCCACCUGCAGCCAGGACUGACUGGCCGUUCCCACCCCAGCACUGAAGAGAUGAGUAUCUCAGCAGACCUCUAAUCCAUUCAUUGCACUCCAGUUGGGAAACUUUCGUAGACUAUAGAGCAACCUUGGUCUGUUUAACCACAUCUCUGGCCGUCCACAUUUUGCAAAGAUUGAUGGAGUUACAGACUUCCUAGUAAGUAGCUCUAGGGCUCCAGUGCUCUAGAGUCCUAUCAGAGUGAGUGCUGUGGCCCAGAGGUCUUUGAACUUCACCCUUGAGUCUAACCCACUUGGUGGUUAUAAGGAGGAAGUGAUUGAUCCUUUGGUGCUUAUUUUGAGAGGCAGACUUGAAACAGCUGCAGUAUGAGAAUCUCAUAACCAGGGCACAAUUUUAUGUUGGGCUUGGAAUGGUUUGGGGAAUUACCAUGGUUUAAAUGUUCAUCAGCCUGGCUCUGUCUACAUAGUGGGUGCCCUGGCCCUGCCACUGUGGACAGAGGUUGAACUCCCUUUAAAAUGGAUUACAGGGGUUUCUGCUCAGACACGGGCACUGAGUUUGAUGUUCGUUUCUUUUUGAGAGAUACUUUCUCUAAAUUGAUCCCUGGACUUGAGUUCUUGAAAUCGAAGUUUGGGGAAGCAACGAGCCAGGGUACUGGUCCUUAGCCUGGUCCAGGAAUUCAUCUUCACUGGAAAAACACUGCAGAAGUGGUGUGGUUUAUUUCAACAUUGUACUCACAGGUGACAAUUCUUUGUAGGUAUAGAGCCUCUGGCCAGGGAGGUUCUUGAAGCCACACAGCUUUUCUGUAAAACUCCAUGUUGUCUUGGUUUCUGUGCAUAAAUGGUUGCCAUUGCAUCCCUGAGUGUGCGCAUGAGCGCUGCUGUCUGUGGUUCAGUUGAGUACUCGAUGUGUUUGCCUUACAGAUUAAUUGCUUCAAAUGAUUUCAACUCUCCGUUCCUCUUCAUUUCUAUUACUGCACCCACCCCAGCCUAGCUUCCUUGCUCUCAUGCUGGGUAAUGGUAGCAGUUCUCUACACAGCCUGAGUUGGGGUUCAAGAGUAAGAAUUCCAAGUGACUUCAUAGAGGUGGUUCUCAACUUUGAUUUGGCAAAUAUUUUGCAAAAACCACAUGCCAGGCCUGUGUUAGACCGUGAGAAAAUAAAGAUGAAAGGACACAGCCCUUGCCCUCACUAGGCUCACAGGACCAGCCUUACACCCAGAAAGACACUGCCACUUCUUUAAAGGCAAGCUCAGCUCUCCUGCUCAACUUAGGGUGGUACUUCCGUCCUUAAUUCAAGUUCUGCCUGGCAUUCACAGCCCUGUGUCUCUUGACCUGUCCUCACUUUCCCUCAAGCCAACAUGUGCCCAGGCCCCUCACUUGCCCACAAACACACUGAGGCCUUCCUGUUUCAGUAGAGUGCAUGCUUUGAAGUUAGACCUAGUUCUGACCUCCACUCCCCCAUUUAGUAAGUUUGCCAAUAAAUAACUUGAUCUUUCUGAGCCUAAAUGUCCCCAUCAGUGAAGUGGAGAUUAACGGAGAUACGGCAGUGUUAACCCCUCUUCCCCGCCUUGAGUACACACUCCAUCCAUCUCUCCUAAUCCUACUGACCUUCCAAGGUCCAGCUCAAGUCUUAGCUCCUUCUGAUCUAUUUCCACCCUGGUGUUCUUCUCUUGGAACUUCUACAAAGCUUAGAUGGGAACCUCAUCAUAAAAGAGGUGGCAUCAUAAAAUAGUACCAGAAUUGGCUUUGGAGCCUGGCUUCAAACCUUGCCUCUGCUAUUUGCUAUCUUUGUGACCUUGAACAUGUUCGUGGUCUUGGAGAUGACCCCUGGUUUCCUUAGGUGUAAAACAGGAAUAAUAGAAUCUUUGCAGUGGGUUACUGUGAGGAUUAAAUCAGUUAAUGUACAUAAAGCACUUGGUGCCUAACACACAGUAAAAGUGUUAAAUAAAGGUUAUUAUCUUAGACUUUUGUUUUACGACUGUUUCUGUUCUUCAGUUAGAUUACAGACUGUGAGAGUAGGCACUGUCUUACAUUCGUUUAAUUCUCCCCAGAAUACCCACUGUAGAGCCAGAUACACAGGAAUUGUUUAUUGGGUACUUGAGUACCAAAGAGGAGUCCCUAGGGGGUGCAAAUGGUAAGCACUAAAGGUUGCAGAUUAGAAUUCACCCAGAGGUACCUCCAAAGAAAAGCCUGGUGGUCUAUUUCUGAAAGGUCAUAGCCAUUAAAAACCCUAUGGAGCACAGUUCUACUCUAACACACAUGGGUUGUCCAUGAGUCCGAGUCUACUCAAUGGCAACCGGUUUGUUUUUCUGAGUACCAAAAAUUUUCAAAUUAAAAAAAUAUUUUGACCUUUUCCAUUUAGGGUUGCCUGGCACCCAUCCACCAAUUCACUUAUGAGACUGCAAAAGAGAUCAAAUUCCUCUCAACUUUAAGCUUUCAGAACUCCUUUGAAAUCCUAGAAUUUUUAUUCUUUUCCCACUGAGGCUUUGUUGUUGUUAGGUGCCAUUAAGUUGUUCCUACUCACAGACCUGUGCCAUAGGGUGUCCAAGGAGUGGCUGGUGGAUGUGCAUUGCCAACCUUUUGGUUAGCAGCCAAGCUAUUAACCGCUACGCCAGUGGGGCUUUAGGACAGGAGGAGUGGUGCUUCUUAACCCCAGGUGCCUGGAGGACUGUGAAAAGCACUGCUGUCUGACCACAUUUACCGACCUGAUAGAGACUGGGGGAACCCCGAGACUGUGGCCCGAAUACACCCCUCUGACUUGGAACUGCAGCCAUUCCCAGAAACCACCUUCCAGCCAAGCAAUGGACAGGCCUGUAAGAUAAGUGAUAAACCCAAAAAGAAGUGCUCCAUAGAACAAACAAUUAUUUGAGACCAAAGGGCUACAUUUGCCCAAAAGCGAAGACAGGAAGGGGUAGGAAAACCAGAUGAAAGGAAAUGGGGACCCAGGCUGGAGAUGGGGAGAGUGCUGACACAGUGUGGGGAUUGCAAGCAAUGUCAUGGAACACUUUGUGUAUAGUUUGUUGUAUGGGAAACUGAUUUGCUCUAUAGACUUUCAUCUAAAACAAUAACUUUAAAUUUUUUAUUGUACUUUAGAUGAAGGUUUACAGAACAAACUAGCUUCUUAUUAAACAGUUAGUAUACAUACUGUUUUAUGACAUUGGUUAACAACCCCGCGACAUAUCAACACUCUCCCUUCUCGACCUUGGGUUCCCUGUUAACCAGCUUUCUUGUCCCCUCCUGCCUGCUAGUCCUUGUGCCUGGGCUAGGGUGCCCCUUUAGUCUUGUUUUAUGGGCCUGUCUAAUCUUUGGAUGAAGGGUGAACUUCAGGAAUGACUUCAUUACUGAGCUAAAAGGGUGUCCAGGGGCCAUACUCUCACAAUAAAGUGUUAGAAAAAAGAAAACUGAUGUCUGAGUCCUACCCCAAUCCCAGUUCAGUUACAUCAAAAUGAUUGCGGGGUGUUGG